CGUGAUAUCGCAAUUGCAGGGCUGGAUACACAAACAGAUGAAAAGAGAAAGAGAUACGCCACAGACCAACAGCACAAAACGUGCAGCAACAUAGCAUGACAUGCUUAUAGACAGCGUCAUCACCCUCUACUUGAAAGCCUCAAACUUCGCACCUCCGAGUCAAUGUCUGUUAUGCUACUUUCGGGGGAAACCAAAAAGAAACACAAUUCGCAACUUCUUGUUCUGAAACAUGGUCAAAACCGGGUAAUGGUUAAACGGCAAAGGUCGUAUAAUCGCAUGCUUGACACCGCCUGCAAAUGUUUCCGAAGCAUUCCGAGGAAUGUGGUCACGUUGCAGACAAAUGAACUCGAUAUUUGCGAUGGCCACUAUGUGGACAUCACGGCUGAAAUAUGGGUCGAUGUCAUUGACUUGCUUAACGUCGUCGAGGUGACUCGGCGUGUGGACUCGGAAAUGACGUCGCCCGUCUUACUGCCGCUUGAUGUUUGUGCUGUUCCAUCGCAUGAUAAUCAAUCGGCGCCAAGUGAGGUUAACGAACAGGACAGCUCCAGGGACGAUGACAAAAUCACAAUCAAACUUGUUUUUCCAUCUGGCGAGAUUCAGACUACUAAAGUCUCGAGGGAAAUGCGGGUGGACAAACUUAUUGCGGAUGUUAGUCAGACAUUGGGUCAUGGUCCCACUGAUCUCAUAGCAUUUAAUAACUCCAACUUGAAGAGUCGGGGUUUGGGUGGUAUAAUGAUGAGUGAAAACCGGAGUAUCGGAUCGUACAACAUCAAAGAUGGUGACUCCAUCAAUCUUCGAGUUUCAAAGUUAAAGUCUCUGCUUCUUAAAAAGCCAGUCAUUUAUCUAUACUCACCCUCCGAUAUCGAUGUUUCUGUCAAGCUCUCCCUCAUUCCUGAGUGGUGCCUCUCCGUCAUCUACCCCAUUGUUACCACAGAAGACCACGGACAGCGUUUAGAAUGGAAUAUCCGCACCCAUCAAGAUGGGAGUCUGACUGAACAUAAUUCCGGUUUAGAUGUGUCGUACUUGUUCUGGGAGGCCGAGACAAAUUCGCAAGCAUUUCCCUGGUCACCAGCAUCCAAACCGCAAUCAGUGGAUACGUUCAAUCCCAUAUCCAGCAGUCUCGAUGAUAUGGACUCGAUUGUCAUUCCAGUGGACAAAGCAACUGUUUACCUCGAUAAGUCACUCAAAGGUUUGGGACUUCACACCGAAGCUAGAACAUCAUUCAUAACCUACUGGCUACCAUCUAUACACAAGCACGAAUACAUUGCUCUCCGAUUCGUCCCUCAAGCGGCAUACGAACGCGCCGCUUCCUUAAGCAUUUCUCCACAGCCUGACGUCGUGACUCGCGUAUUCAUGCUGUUCAGAGGUGUCUCUAAGGAGCGCUUAGAAAAUUGGUCUAACGCCCAGAUGCAAGCAGAGAAAGACGUUGCUUGGUGGGUGGAUGUAGUUGGAGUGGAUCUUGCAAGGGCUAGUGAUAUGACUUUGUUCAGGGUGUUAGAAUGGGGCGGGAUGGAGGUUCUGAUUUGAUAUUCUAUCAA